UCCCUGUGCCACAAUUCUAUUGAUUUUACACGUGGGAUUUUCUUCGAUAAAAUUUCGCUUCCUACAAAGGAAUUCGAUUUGAAAAACUAAAGGAGAAUACUACUGGCGUGCCAACUCGUAUUGCUACCAAUCAGGCAUACCCACAUAUUUGCGAUGGAGAAUCAUAAGAAUUGAGCAAGCCAUUUAAAUUAGACUGGUGGUACUUAUUUUAUUGUUUUCGUUGGUCAGCUAUCUUUCCCUGUUUCCAAAUGACAGGGUAAAACUUGGACAUGGAGAUAAUACAGUACAAAUAAAUGAGAUUAUCUUAUUUUCUUUGGGCUACAUUCACUUACCCAAUUCCUAAAACAGCAAAUGCAUGUAAAUUGGGAGUCAAACUGCGACACCCAUUUCAAAGAGAGGCAUAAAUUACAGUUUCAGUCAUGGUGAUGGUGGUGGGCAUGAAAGCUUUUAACCAGUCAUCAUCAAUCGCUAAGGCAUCGCGUCAAACGAAAUCCCAGGAGCACACCUGUACAGGACUUUCUUACUUGAAUAUUAUACACUAUCCUAUGGUAAGGGUGGAUGUGCAAGCUAAUUCAUAUCACACUGCAUUUGGUGUUUUCUCCAAUGGACCUGCAAAAUAUGGGAGCCAUUUUGGUUGUCAGAGAAUCAGAAAUUUUAAGUCAUGCUCAUGUUCAAUCAGAAAAUGCUUUCAACAUGGAGGCCUGCAGUCUCCUGCUCAAUCCUUUUUAGAGUGGAAAAUAGGGAACAAAGUUGGUUUUAAGAACAACAAACACAGUAAAAUGGAGAAAUUCCGGAUUAAUGCUGAACUUGAAUUCGCAAGUGCAGUAGAUGUGAUUAAUGAUUUAGGUUUAGACACCAUGACAUUCUUUGCAGUUACUGUUCUUGUAGUUCCAGCAUUCAAGGUCAUCAAAGCUAGUCCGAUCUUGGGGUUCUUUUUCGCUGGAGUGGUUCUAAAUCAGUUUGGCUUGAUUAGAAACAUAACAGAUAUUAAGGUCUUGUCAGAGUGGGGGAUCCUUUUCUUGCUAUUUGAAAUGGGUCUGGAGCUUUCCCUUGCACGAUUAAAAGCACUAGCGAAGUUUGCAUUUGGAAUGGGUCUGGCACAGAUGAUUUUGUCUACUUUGGCAUUCACAGCAUUUGAACUUCCCCCAAAUGGAGCAAUUGGCACAAAAAUUCUACAGUUCUUGUUCCAUUCCAGAUCAGACUUGGUGAACAUAAGAAGCAUUGAUGAAGCUGUGGUGAUUGGAGCUGCUUUAUCUUUGUCUUCUUCAGCUUUUGUCCUCCAGUUACUUGCAGAGAAAGGCGAGCUACCAACUAGAUUUGGGUCAGCAACACUUGGGAUCCUUUUACUCCAGGACAUUGCUGUAGUGCCGUUAUUGGUAAUACUUCCAAUUCUAGAGAGUCAGAACCUUGGAGAAGAAAGUCUUUGGCCUAUGUUACUUGCAGAAAUCUUGAAGGCACUUGGUGGCCUUGGAGCCCUAUCACUUGGAGGGAAGUUUCUGCUUCGGCGCCUAUUUGAGGUUGUUGCAGAUUCCAGAAGUUCAGAGGCUUUCAUUGCACUUUGUCUUCUAACAGUGACAGGCACAUCACUUAUGACACAAAAACUGGGUUUUAGUGACACGCUUGGAGCUUUCCUUGCUGGUGCUAUUCUAGCAGAAACUAAUUAUAGAACUCAAAUUGAGGCAGACAUACGUCCUUUUCGAGGUCUACUUCUAGGCCUAUUUUUCGUAACAACAGGAACAUCUAUUGACAUCCAGCUUCUUAUUCGAGAGUGGCCUAAUGUUCUGUCUCUUUUGGGAGGGUUGAUAGUUAUCAAGACAUUAAUCACAGCUGCCAUUGGACCUCGUGUUGGACUUUCUAUACAAGAAAGUGUUCGAAUAGGAUUGCUUCUUUCCCAAGGUGGAGAAUUUGCUUUUGUUGUCUUUUCCCUUGCAAACAGGGUUGGAGUUCUACCUCUAGAAUUGAAUAGGUUACUCAUAAUUGUCGUGGUUCUUUCCAUGGCUUUGACUCCCUUUCUGUAUGAAUUUGGGAGAAAAGCCGCUGAGAUUAUUGAAUCAAGAUUCGAGGCAAAUGAAGUAAAUAAAGCUCCUGAAAUCCUGAAUUUUGAUGCAAGUGAACCAAUUGUCAUAUUGGGAUUUGGAGAAAUGGGUCAGGUUCUUGCAAACUUUUUGUCUACUCCCUUAGCUGCUGGUUUAGAUGGAGAUCUGGCUGGUUUGCCAUAUGUAGCAUUUGACCUGGAUCCCACAGUGAUAAAGGGAGCUCGGAAUCUUGGAUUUCCAGUUCUUUAUGGGGAUGGAUCACGGCCAAUUGUGUUGCAGACUGCUGGUAUUAGUCUACCAAAAGCCGUAAUGGUCAUGUACACAGGAAAGCAAAAAACUGUUCAGUCAGUUGAAAGGCUUCGCCUUGCAUUUCCUUCGGUUCCUAUCUAUGCCAGGGCGCAGGACCUUGGACAUCUUUUAGAAUUGAAGAGGGCAGGAGCAACAGAUGCCAUUCUGGAGAAUGCAGAGACAAGUUUGCAGUUGGGAUCAAAGCUUCUAAGGGGGCUUGGUGCCAUGUCUGAUGAUGUAUCCUUCUUAAGUCGACUCAUGCGGGAGUCUAUGGAGCUUCAAGCACAAGAAGAAUUUGAGAGAAAGGAUGAAAAGGAUCGUGAAAUAAUGAGGCCUUUGCAGGUAAAGGUCACAGAUUCUUUGAAGAUGCAGAUGAGAAGAACUCCAGAUACAAACUUUGAGAUGAAAAGCAUAGUAGAGGAGAAACCUUCUAAGAUUACAGGUUUUCAAGAGCCAGAGAGCAAAGCAGGCAAAGAAAACUUUAAUGGUCAGCAUGAAAUCAGCUUGAAAAGCUCGUUGCAGUCAAACAUAUCUGAUCCAUUAGUUGGUUUAAAUGAGAAUGGAUCUGUAAUCUCAACCAUCUCUGUUGGUUCAGAGGUAAAGGUGGAUGCAGAGAUUUACUCUGAAACAAGUGAUGCCCUUUCUGAAAAGCAUGCUACUAGAAUAGAAGGCCAUUCUGCAUCUCAGAAUGACUCGACAGAAAAUGACCAUUAUUCAGGUUACCAGGCAUCCACAGACUCUAGUAAGAAUCCAAAUGGUGAUGAUGCUGAGAAAGGUGUGAAAUGGUGUGCUCUGUCUGAAGAGGAAAAUUUUUCCAGAGAAAUAGGGGGAGAAAGAAAUUUGGUAGAUCAGACUAUGAAGUGUGUAUCAUCUACAGAGGAAUGUUAACUCUAGGUUGAACCUGUAAAGGGAUAUUCAAUAUCUUUAGUUGCUUUGUAGCAUUGAAGGUUGAUAGCGUUGAAGGUUCAAUUAUACCUAAAAUUCUAAUUCAGAAAGCUGAAUUGGGUAGUCUAGUUGUACUCUUGCAAGAAUUUGCGCUUGAAAAUCAAAGCUUGAUGUAGAUACUUGAACAUCUGUGGCAUUUUAAUGAAAAUUGGUUGUACCAAAUAUCUUUGUAUUUCUCAUUUACCCUAUUGACUGUGGCCUUCAUAUUUUGUUCAUUGCAUCAAGGCCAAAGUAUCUUUUGACAUGAAAUACUAGCAAGGCAUUUAAACCUCAGUUGUAAAUUUGUAACAACAGGCAACAUUUUUGUAUCAUUCUUGCAAUGAACAUUUUUCUAUUUCCUAAUUGCGUCAAAUAUAAUUGUUCCAAUAUCAAAAGCAGCAA